AUGUCUGUCGGUACUGUCUACGGAAAUACUCUCUCUUUUCGCGUGGCUACUGCUAUGUCUACCGCCGCUGUCGCCGGUAUUAAGGUAGACAACAAGGAAGUUGCCUUUGGCGAUUUCCCAGCUGACCUCGCUGCCAAAUUCCCUCAGAAGAAGGUUCCCGUUUUCGUUGGUCAAGACGGUUACUUGCUUUCUCAAGCCAUUGCUAUUGCACUUUAUUUUGCUUCUUUUGAUAAGACCGGUGUUCUCCUUGGUCAAGCUGCUGAAGAAAAGGCCAAGAUCUUCCAAUAUGUCUCUUACUUCAACACCGAGUUUGCAAGUGCUGGACUUCCCUGGACUCUUGGCCGUUUGAUUGGACCCUACAACGCUAAUGUUGAGAAGCAAGCUCAAGCCUCUGUCGCUGCUGAAUUGACUGUUUUGAACGAAUUGCUUGCUGACAAGACCUACCUCGUUGGCUCUCGUCUCACUUUGGCUGAUGUCUUUGCUGUCAACUCUUUGAGCUGUGUCAUUCGUUUUGUUCUUACCAAGAGCGAAUUAGCCAAGUACGCUCAUGUCCAACGCUACUACAGCACCAUGUACCACCAAUGUGGUUUGGACAGCAUCAUUGGACCUCUCAGUUUUGUUGAGAAGAUGCCCGAGAUCCCUAAGCCCAAGGCUAAGGAAGAACCCAAGCCUAAAGAAGAACCCAAGAAGGAGCAAAAGCCCGCCGAAGCCGCCGCUCCCGCUCCUAAGCCUAAGCACCCUCUUGCUGCUCUCCCCAAUGGUGAGUUGAACAUUGAGGAAUUCAAGCGUGUUUAUACCAACCAAGACACCCGUACUGGCUCUCUUCCUUGGUUUUUUGAACACUUUGAUCCCGAGAACUACUCUGUUUGGAAGAUUGACUACGCCUACCCUGAAGAUUUGAAGCAAGCCGUCUUUAUGACUUGCAACUUAAUUGGUGGUUUCUUCCAAAGACUUGAAGCUUCUCGUAAGUUCAUCUUUGGCUGCUGCUUGGUCAUUGGUGAGAACGGAGACAACACCAUCACUGGUGCCUUCGUAAUCAAGGGUCAAGAUCACGUCCCUGCGUUUGAGGUUGCUCCUGACUGGGAAUCUUACAGCUUCAGCAAGCUUGACGUUUCCAAGCCAGAGGACAAGGCCUUCAUUGAAGACGCCUGGUCUUGGGACAAGCCUAUGUUCGGCCGUGAAGUUGCCGAUGGCAAGGUCUGCAAGUAA